GCUGGCGCUCUUGAAGACCAUUAUGACGUCAAAAUAAAAUGGCGACUUACAUGGUCCUGCAAAAACAUUGAAUGAAAGAAAAUUCUUUGCUACAAUUCGUCGUCUUGUGUUUUCUGAAUGAUUUUCUGGCUGUUGACUAUUUUCAACCAUGGCCAUGUCAUCAGAGGAAGUGUUGCUGGUGGUGGCUCAGGUCCGCAGCAGGAAGAGCAAUGGUAGCCUGUAUCUCAUGGGGAAGCGUCUGGCCUGGCAGGAGGACAAUAAAGAGGUCUUCACAGUCAGCCAUUACUACGCAGACGUCAAGCAACAGAGAAUCAGUCAGGACACCAGUUCCAAGGUCCAGCUUCAGAUCCUGCUCCACAACGGGUCCAGUACCAAGUUCCACUUUGCAAACCGUGAUGGGUCUGCGGCCCAGAAGCAGGACCGUAAUGACGUGAAGGAGCUCCUACAGCAGCUCCUGCCCAAGUUCAGGAGCCAAGCUAGCAGAGAACUGGAGGAGAAGAAUAAGAUGCUGAAGGAUGACCCGGAACUGUUUCAGUUGUACCGUGACCUUGUGAUGAGUGGUGUCAUGACUGCAGAUGAAUUCUGGGCCAGCCGCAUUAAUAUGUCCCAGCAAGAGAGUGCUGCUGCUUCAUCUGCCUCAACAUCAGCCAGUGAUGGGGGUCAAGGGGUCGGGGUAUCAGCGGCCUUCCUCUCUGACAUUAAACCCCAAACAGACGGCUGCAACGGAGUCAAGUACAACCUCACAGCUGACAUCAUUGAUUCUAUAUUCCGUAUCUAUCCGGCAGUGAGAAAGAAGCAUCUUGAGAGUGUUCCACAUACUAUGUCAGAGAAAGAAUUCUGGACGUGUUUCUUCCAGUCCCAGUAUUUCCACCGAGAUCGAAUCAAUGCAGGAAGCAAAGACCUCUUCGCUGAGUGUGCCAAGAAGGACGAGAAAGAUAUGACAGAGGAAGCUAACCAGACUGUCCAAGACCCACUCCUUGAUAUCCAGGGGCUGUCUGACAACACAAUAAAUGAGGAGUUUGGAUUUUCCUUGGAUAACAUGAUGAAACCUAACGCAGUCAAUAAGUCCAUCAUCAAACGGUUCAACCAUCACAACACACGGGUAUUAGCUGCUUCAGAAUCAAAUAAGAGAAACCUUGCAGACGACACUGAUGCACCAUCAACCAGCUCCCAAUCUUUGAGCCAGAACUCCAACACAAACCACCGGACAGACGGAGGAGGAGGAGACGGAGACGAGAGCAGUGCAAAGAAAGCCAGAUUACGAGAGGCCAUCGAGAUUGAGGAUUUAUCGUCAUCGUCCAAACAAGAUGGUGUCUCCUUGAAGCUGCAAAGAACAGACAGGUAUUACCAUGGUCCCACCGUUGUCCAGUCUACAGACUACUUCUCAUCAGAGGUGGUGAUGGGUGCGUUGAGAGCCGUUCAAUCUGAAGUCAUGUCAUCUGUGCCUAAUCUACACAAGGUUAUAUCCAGUAACACAGCGAGGUCAGUAAUGGGAGAACUAACACCAGGAGGUGCCCUUAUGGCAUCCUUAUCAACUCAGCCUGUUCAUACUAUGUACAGCCCUGAAACCCAGAAAGAAGUAAAGAGGCUGUAUUCAGCAUUGGCAGAGCUCCUGAGGCAUUUCUGGUCGUGUUUCCCCGUCACCAAUCGCUCACUGGAGGAGAAGGUCUUCAGGAUGAAGGGCACUCUGGAACAGUUUCAUGCCAAGAAGAUUAAGCCUUUCAAGGAUACACUCGCCAAACAACAUAUAGGACUCAAUCUGGUAAACCAUAUGGAAGAGCUCCUUCAAACUGCGUACAAGAAAUACGCAAACUGGCAAAGCAAGAAACUAGGCGCCAAGUUAUCAUGACACCAGUCAAGUCUGCUAUAACAGCUUGAGAUCACAGAAUCCAGACACUUUGAAGAUAUUCUCACAGGAGUUCCUUUGAGCAUCCUUCACUGAGAAUGUUCUGGAUGUUACUAGGUGGUUAUUGGGACUUUGGAAUAGAAAAGAAAUGUACCACACGAAGGAGCGAGAAACUCGAGGCCGAGUUAUUGUGACACCAACAAAGUCUGCUAUAACAGCUUGAGAUCACAGAAUCCUAGACACUUUGAAGAUAUUCUCACAGGAGUUCCUUUGAGCAUCCUUCACUGAGAAUGUUCUGGAUGAUACUAGAUGCUUAUUGGGACUUUGGAAUAG